GCUCUGUCCAAACUCCAAAUCAAUACUCUCCGCAUCAAGGCUGUAACUAAACACCCAUUUGACCCUUGUCGCUUUAAGAUAAAACGUUUCCCUCUACAUACACUGGCUCGGGAUUCUCAGUCACUCAUACUUGACCAACUUCUGAAUCUCUGAGUACACUCCCAUCAACAUGGACAAUCUCCCAGAAUACGUCCAAACCGUGCUACAGCACCCAACCGUCCAACAAAUCACCUCCUCCCCACUGGCAUCCAACAUCGCCCAUUUACACACGACAUAUCUCAACCCCUCUCUCGCGCACGUACGAGAAACCUACGUUGACCCAUCGCUCGCCCAUCUGCGCAUGACAUACCUAGACCCCUACGUGGUGCAGCCUCUGGCGCACCUUCUCGCCUCAACCCCCGAUCUCGCCUCCGUCAUCGUCCUCAUCGUUGUCCUCUUCCUCUCGUUCAAGAUCCUCGACUAUACGCGCCGCGCGGUCAUGUUCUGGGUCUGGUUGGCUAUGAAAGUGGCUUGGUGGUUUACGAUCUUUUCGCUGGGGGUGUACAUGUAUAAUGCCGGCUGGGAGAGAGUCGCGCGCGAUCUGGGCUUUGUUUUCAAUUUCCUUGUCGGGUUGUUGGAGCAGUUUGGGCGUAAUCUGGAGGAGUCGACUGCGCGCGCUGGGGAUGGUUCUUCGAGGCAGGGGCAGGCGGGCUGGCGGAGGGGGUGAUUUGGUCUGCCUGUCUGUCUGUCCCUUCCUGGUUAGUUAAGUGCAUGAAAAUGGUCACGUCGUGUAAUAUUUCGUUCGAGUCGGGUUUUCCGGUUGACAGGUACGAGAAAACGAGCUAUGUUUUGUUUGGGCUGGCGGCGUCGGGCUGGUAUAUCAGUGACGAAGUUUUUUGGUUAUGGUUUUUGUUUACUACGCGCAUUUUAUUUGGUUUCGAAUUGGUACAACGAGCUAUGCGAGGAUAGAAUAUUUAUAGUAUGAUUAUGAUUUCUAAACAUGGUAUUUUAUGGUCCUAGAUGAUUAUAUACGUUCGUCCGAUUUUGUGGGUAAAAUAAGACUUCCAUGCGUCGG